UUUGAAUAAUAGGUCUUUCGGUCAUUAAACAAUUAUUUACUUUCGUAACGUCGCUUGUAUGGACACGAGAGACAGUGAAGGUGAAGACGUUAGAGGUAACGAAGAUGUGGUUGUUUUUUGGAGUUUGCGCGUGUUUCUUCGGUGGAGGGUUGAGUUUGGCUUCCUCCAAUUAUUUUUGCGCGGACAUGAACCCCCAGCAUCAUGUUAUAAUCGAUCAGCUUAUGGGCAUGUGGUUUGGAAUAGAGAAAAUAGAUCAUCUUGACGAAACUCGUUACAUCGACAAAAAGAAGCCAUCUUGUCCAAUUAUUCACAUAUCAGAGGAUAGAAGAUCAUCGACAACUUUGAAUCCAUUGUAUAAGAACUACAACUAUGGGUAUAAUUAUGGCGAAGGCCACGGUUAUAACACUCAGAGGCCAAUCAAUGCUCGUGAACGAAUGUUGCAACUAGAAAUGCGCAAAAGAAUCUACGAACAAUCCGAAUACGAUAGGCAAACUACUUACGGCGACUACCCGGCCAGCAGAAGGCAGCACAACUACAACGAUAUUCUUGGGCGGCAGAACUUUGCUGUGAAGUAUUUGAGGUUGUAUUGGGACGAAAAUGGAGAAAGCACUGAGUUUCACAUGCGCUACAAUGUCAGCAGAGCAGGAUUUUGGAUCAGUUCUGGUCCCGAGAAUGGAGGAUCAUCAUUAGACCCGGAAUUCAGCCAUUUUGCCGGUACAAUCCAGGUGUUGAAAGCUGUAGGCAACCACUUGGUACUUACUUUUUGUCAUCAGCUACCAGAUCGGCAGCUGUACUCCAUUCUGCUUUCCAGAGAACUGAAACUUGACCACGUAGAAAUUCAUGGUGUCCAUAACAUGCUCCAACGAAAGGGUCUAAGAACCAACUCGGUACAAAAACUGUGUAACAGCGGGAAGAAACAUUCCUUGAGUAACAUCUUGAAGGGUUCUACUUUAAUGAUAUUCUUUGUUAGUAGAUUACUUAAAAAUUGAAUGAUGGAUGAAACGUUAGGAUGGUAGAUAUUAUUUUUUGUAGGAACAUACCUCGCAGUACAAGUUUUGGUUUUAUAAGGAUAUAUCAAACUGUAUUAUAUACAGUGUAUUUACAAUAAUUCGAAUGUUUGAAAAUUUUUAAGCUGUAUAUAGUUUUUACGAUCAAUUAUUUUCAGUAAAAAUACAAAGUUAGAACCAAAUAGAUAUAAAUAUAAACGAACCAACUACGAGUACAAAGAUAUAUUUUAAACAUUCUUACAGAAUUGAUGUGAAGUAUUGUAUUGUAUUAAUUGCUAAUUUAAGAACUUUAUAUUCCAUUUUUCCUAUAAUAUUGAAUAUUUGUUAAUUCGCUUUAGGAAAAUAUUCCCUAACUGUUUAAUAAAAUAAAUACGUUGAACUCUU